GCUACCGUCGUGCUGGUUCUGAUGACGAAGAUGAUGAGGAAUCAUCUGGGGAUAGUGAUUUGGCUUUUGAGCUCUUGGAUGACUACUUGAGCCGUGGAGCCGAUCUCCUCUACAAAAUUGCACGCGCUGGACAAUCCAAGACCAAUGCAACUCGCAAUCUCAUGUCCGUCAUCAAUCCACACAAUGUGAUGCUCCCGGUACCCAUUGAUGUUGUGAAGAUCAGCAUCUGCAAAAAGCGACCCACGACCAGGACCCUGGAUGUUUGGUGGCCGAUCCUCAAGAUGUCUGCAUGGAUCUCAACCCUCCUGUCUUGCCGUCCCCAAGCCUUGCUCUGUGGUUUUCGCCCUGAAGACUCUGAAUGGCGCGAUAUCUUUUCGACUUUCUGGUCCUAUUACGAGGAGGCCAACCCCGGCCACGAGUUGUUCGCUGACAAGUCCAAGGAUCGAGCUUUCUGCUUGCCGUACAUGCUGCACGGCGAUGAGGGAAGGGGCCUGAGGAACAAGCCGCUGUGGAUUGAAAGUUUUCAACCUGUGAUAGGGCAUAAGGGGGGUGCUUACACAAACGAGGCCGGGCACCCUGGAUUCUGA